AUGGUGCCAAGCUGUGAUAGUCUCAUUCAAGCAGUUCACAUCAGCAAGAAAAUGGAACAGAAUGCUGAUAUGAUGAAUGAUAGAAAUAAUGAAGGGAAAACAUUUAUCAGCGCCAACACCUGGGAAAUACCCGUAUCAGAAAUGACCAAAAAUAUGGUAAAUCCAAUUCGGCAAAUUUGUGACUCUCUAUUGGUGUCAUCCAAUACGAAAAAACCAUUACUUAAAUUAAACCUUGGAGAUCCGACUAUUUCUGGCGCACUACCUGUAUGUUCAACUGCGAUUCAGGCCAUAAGUGAAGCAUUAAUUAGUCGUAAAUACGAGGGUUAUGCACCUGCCAUUGGAAUUCUGGAAGCUCGAGAGGCGAUAGCCCGACACUUCACACAUCCUGAAGCACCAGUUACCGCGGAUUCGGUUCUGUUAACCAGUGGUUGCUCACAUGCUAUUGAAAUGGCAAUCGAAGCGCUGGCAAAUCCAGGCGACAACAUUCUUGUACCAGCACCUGGCUUUCCCUUAUACUCAACUCUUAUUAAAUCUUCAAAUGUUGAAAGUCGUUAUUAUUACUUCGAUAUAAUGAAUAACUCGCAACUGGAUCUGGCUCAACUGAAAUCUGUGAUUGAUAACAGAACUCGUGCCAUAGUCGUCAAUAACCCUCCAAACCCAACCGGCAUAGUUUUAAGCAAAAAUCAGCUGGAAUCGAUAUUACAAGUCGCUUUUGAAAAACGGAUCCCUAUAAUUGCUGAUGAAGUUUAUGGAACGAUGACCUAUAAUGGAGCUGAAUUUCAUCCAAUAGCAACUCUGAAACCGAAAGUACCGAUACUUACUUGUGAUAGUAUUGCCAAACGGUUUCUUCUACCAGGAUGGCGACUUGGAUGGAUUAUCAUCCACGAUCGGUAUGCAGCACUGCAACCUAUUCGAAAUGGACUAAUAGCAUUAGCUCAAAAAAUUGUAGGUCCUUGCGUGCUAAUUCAAGGUGCACUGCCACGUAUAUUGCACUCAACCAAUGCUAAUUUUUUUCGACAGGUGAACCGCACUAUUCACCGCAAUGCAAGCAUUGUAUUUGAAUGCCUAAGAAAAGUGCCGGGUUUGCAACCUCUUGCUCCUAAUGGGACAAUGUACAUGAUGGUAGCCAUUGACGAGCACAUAUAUGGAAGAGACGAAAUUUUCAUUCGAGACUUACUCGUGGAAGAAAAUAUCAUCUGUCUUCCAGGUUGCGUUUUUCAUUGUGAUGGUUGGUUUCGUUUGGUACUCACCUGCAGCGAGCACGAUACCCGUGAAGCUUGCGCUCGCAUUUCGCAAUUUUGUUUACGGCGUUAUUCACAUAUCUUGGAUCAGGGAAUUGUUACUUGA